AUGACCUUAUCAAGUAAAGAAUCAAUGGAAUUGUCUAAAGAUGUUCAGCAAACUAAAUCGAUUAUUAAUACUAACGCCCAAUCAGGUGCUGUGGUAAGUAAUUCUCCAGAUUUAGGUUUGAAAAGAACUCCUAAAGUUACAUUCAAUAGUAAUAAAAUUUUACCAAGUAGUAACGAAAAUGAUUCGAUAACUAAUGGUAUCGCUAUAAAUACAACUACCUCUGGCAAUAUCAAAAAAUUACCUUCUGAUUUGAACGACCAGUUCUCUCCUGUUGAAAAUAAUGAAGAGCAUCUGCAAUUUGUAGUAGAUGACAUCUUACAUAGUCCAACUUCAAGGUCGAGGUCAAAUAGCAAUUCUCCAAGACCUUCAAUCAUUGGGGCAAAUGGCACUAUAUUGCCAGGUACUGGCCCAACUGUGUCUAUCGAUCAGAAUUUAGAAAAAGAUAUAAUACCGCUACAAAAGGAUCACUCUAAUAGCAAGAUUGAUGAAAAUAAUCCUUUAGAGUCAAUAAUGGAAAAGUCUAUUGAUAAUACAACUGUACCUUCAAAAGAAGUAGGGAAAAAUGUAGAUUCAAGGUUACCACAAGAUGAUGGAAAAUUGCACAUAUUAUUUGGUGCGACUGGUACUUUAGCCAUUUGCAAAUUAAAGCCAAUGAUUAAAAAAUUAGAAGAUAUAUAUGGCAAAGAUAAUAUUAGUAUUCAGGUUGUAUUAACCGCUGCUGCAACAAAGUUCUUCAGUAAAAAAUAUUCGAAAAAACAUAUCUCUCCACUUAAAAUGACUAAUUCCCAUGAAUUAACAACAUCGGCUGAAUCUCAGUUCAUUACUCAAAAGUUACAAAAACAGCACUCACAGCAAAGUUUUGAUCAAGAUUUGCAUACCAUCUCUCCAGCUACUCCGAUAAAUACAAGUCAAACAAAUUUGGCUGCACAGAGUCCAAGUACAACUAACAUACCCAUAGCGAAUACUAUUGCUGACUUGCCUCCACACAUACAUGUUUGGGUAGAUCAAGAUGAAUGGGAUACUUGGAGUCAGAGGACAGAUCCGGUGUUGCAUAUAGAAUUACGGAGAUGGGCAGAUAUAUUGGUUGUUGCACCAUUAAGUGCCAACACUCUAGCUAAAAUUGCUUUAGGAUUAUGUGAUAAUUUAUUAACGAAUAUUAUAAGAGCUUGGAACCCUCAUUUCCCUAUACUUAUAGCACCAUCGAUGAUGAGUUGUACUUAUAAUUCAGUUCAAACUAAAAAACAAUUAAAUAUACUUAAAGAAGAAAUGCCAUGGGUUACAGUAUUUAAGCCAUCUGAAAAAAUCAUUGCUAUUAAUGGUGAUAUUGGGUUAGGUGGUAUGGCUGACUGGAAUGAAAUUGUUGAUAAAAUUGUAAUGAAACUAGGUGGUUAUCCAAAGGAUGAAGAUGAAGACGAUGAAGAAGAUGAAGAUGAAGAUGAAGAUGAAGAUGAAGAUGAUCAAGAGGAACAGAAAAAUGAUGAAAAAUCAAGAGAUGCAGGCCAAGACGACGAUGAUGACGAAGACGACGAAGAUGAAGACGACGACGACGAUGAUGAUGAUGAUGAUGAUGAUGAUGAUGACGAUGAGGAGGAGGAAGAACAAGAAGUAGAAGGGAAAAGUCUUGGAAAUUGA